CAAUUGUGUUAUUCAGAACCUCUUUGGUCGAUUCGAGUUCUACCUUUUUUGCCGGUUAUACAGAAAACGAGUGUUAUCAGUUAAAAACAAAAACAUUUUUUUUUUAAAUCUGUGGUUACGACCUUUUUUGUUGGAGGUGUCAAACAGUUGUAUACAAAGUUGGAGGUAUGGAAGGUAUGGAGGUGUCUAAUUUAUCUUAUCUUAAUAAACCACCGAUUAUUAAUAUGCAUAUAGUCAUAGCAUACAGGUAUACUUGCUAAUAGUGAAGGGUCUAUGGAGUAUGGACUGUUAAUACUUUUAUGACUUGUUUCUAUAUAUAAAAAAAAAUAGACUAAAGUGUAUUAAAUAUUUUUUAUUACUAGAUAAUUUAAUCAGCCAGUGUUCUAUGGGUGCAUGUGGAAAAAAAAAAAAAAAAAAAAAAAAAAGAUAAUUUAAUCGGAGGUACCAUAAAUUGUGUAUUUAUAUUUUGUCGAGUUUCACUUCUUCAUAUCUAUUACCUACUUAUACUUAUCUAUUCACUUGUUAUAAUUUUAUCUUAUUAUUAUUGUGUUUAUGUCGCACUUACAAUAUUUAGAUAUUUUAUAUUAUACAGUAUAAUACUAGUAUAAAAAAUAGGUAACAUAAUAAAGUACAAUUUGAAAUUUGGAAAAUGGCACAGUUGGAUAAAGUAGUUGCUGCAUAUCGUAUUGCCACUCAAUAUCCAGCGUUAAUAUCUGCUAGAAUACUUGAUUGUCCAACAACCUCUUCUGUUAGUGUUCAAUCAAUUUGGACACAACGAGUUUUAGAGAGAUUAACAACGACUAAAUACCGGCAAACAGUUAUAUCCGAUUACAAGACUUUUAUACCAACAUCACCGCCUAGUGAUAUUACUAAUGAGUUAUUAAGUGCAUAUUCCAAUUCAAACAAAUACUACUGCAUAAUUAGAGAAAUUGAUUCAGGAAAGGAAAAUAAACAGUACUUAGAAGUUUGGUCAAACUUUUCUUUAAUUAAAAAUUAUGACUUAACUGCUUUAGAUAUUCAUGGAAAAGUUUAUGCUGAUGCUGAAUUUGGAACAUUACAAUGGUCACCCGAUGAAACUAAAAUUAUGUACAUUGCUGAAAAAAAAGUCCCAAAAUCAGAACCAUUUUUUAAACAAAAAUCGAUUUCUUCCAAAGGUUUAAAUAUUGAACCAAAUGAUAGCCCUACUCCAGGUAAAGAAUAUGAAUGGAGGCAAGAUUGGGGUGAACAGCUGGUUGGUAAAGUUUCUCCGGUUCUUGUGGUUUGUGAUAUAAGCAAAGAUGAGUUUAAUGUUUUUCCAAAUAUUCCUGAAGAUAUCAAUCCUGCUGCAGCUACUUGGAUUCCUGAUGGUAGUGGAGUUGUCGCUGUUGGGUAUUUAACUACACCACGCAAACUCGGUCUUUUAUAUUGCACUAAUAGAAGUAGCCAAAUAUUUUCUUUGACAUUAAGUGGCAAUUAUACUGUAUUGAGUUCGACUUCAGAAAAAAUAUCAGUAAAAUCUCCUAGAUUUAAUGUUAGUGGUACUAAACUUAUUUGGCUAGAACACCAAGCAGGGGGUCCACAUCAUUCAUGUUUUAAGCUAAUGUGCUAUAAUUGGUUAACGAAGAAAAUUAUUACACUUGUUGAUAUUGUUAAUAAAACAUUGGAAAUCAAUAGAAAACAAGUGCCAUUCUAUGGGCUAUAUAAUCAGGCAUUUCCACAAAGGUGUUGGUUGAAUGAUGAUAAAACUAUUUUGCUGAGUACACCUCAGGGUGGUUCAAUACAUACAUUUGCAAUUGAUAGUGAAACAAAAGCUAUCAGUUUUCUACCUAUAGUAAACCCUUUUCAAGAUUCGUUGAGCGUAAUUGAUGUAUGUAAUGACGUUAUAGUUUGUUACAAAUCAUCACUCAAUAAACCUGGCCAAUUAUUUUUAGCCAGGAUAAAUACUAGUGAUGGAAUUUAUGAUUUCAAUCAAGUAACUGUAAAUGAAAUAUCACCUUCGCGUAGUCUUCCAAAUAGUGAUAAAUUUGUCGUUGAACAUGGGUUUACAUUAUAUAGUAAACCAACUACAAUUUAUUAUGGUCCAAAAAAUAGUGACUGUCCAUUAAUUGUAUGGCCUCAUGGUGGUCCACAUGCUCAGUCAUUGGAUUCUUACAUAGCAGAUGCUGCAUUUUUUGUUCAAAUUGGUUUCGCGGUAUUAUUUAUUAACUUCAGAGGAUCUACUGGAUUGGGUCAAGAUUAUGUAGAAUCAUUAUUAGGUCAUGUUGGUGAUGCAGAUGUUAAAGAUGUUUAUAAUGCGGUAGAAUCAAACCCUUCAUGGUCUAAUAGAAAACUAGUACUUUUUGGCGGAUCACAUGGUGGUUUUUUAGUCACACAUUUAAGUGGACAAUACCCGAAUAAAUUUAAAGCUGUAUCAACUCGAAAUCCUGCUAUUGAUUUUCUAUCACUCUUUAUUACUUCCGACAUUCCUGAUUGGACCAUUACUGAAGUGGGGUUUGACUACUUUUAUGUUGAUAACUUUGAUAAAUCUAAAGAAAUUAUGGUUAAAAUGGCUGAAAGUUCUCCAUUAAGAUAUGCUCAUAAAGUCAAGGCACCUACUUUAUUAUUGCUCGGUAAUAAAGAUUUACGGGUGCCUUCAUCACAGGGUAUUGCUUAUCAUCAUCUUAUUAAGAAACACGGAGUUACCACCAAGAUAUUAAUGUACAAUGAUUGCCAUCCUUUAAGUACAGUAUCAGCAGAUAUGGAUAGUUCCAUUAAUACUGCACUAUGGUUUAUUAAAUAUACUAGCGAUGAAUCUAUGUAAUGGACUCGUAAU